CAAAGAGGUUAAAAGGAGCCGGCCAGUCGCGAGCUUUCUGGAAUAGAACGUCAAGACUAAUCGCAGGCAGCACUGAUUGCCGGUGAGCGGCACUGCAGCGACUCGUUAGAAAUAAGUCACAACAUUUACAUUUUUGGAUUGACGAUUCCAGAUUAUUUUUAUACUUGUUUUUUGUAUGUUUUGUUUGUAAUUAUUUUUUUUUAAUUUCUCGGGUUGCCGGUGUCAUGGCUAAGUGGGGAGAGGGGGAUCCUCGGUGGAUUGUGGAGGAACGAGCCGAUGCUACCAACGUUAACAACUGGCACUGGACAGAAAGAGAUGCCACCAACUGGUCAUCAGAUAAAAUUAAGGAACUUUUAUUGGCGGUGCAGGUGCAGAAUGAAAAUGGGAGGUGCGAAGUUACUGAAGUUGGCAAAGUGGAAGGAGAAGCUUCUAUCAACAAUCGAAAAGGAAAACUAAUUUUCUUUUAUGAAUGGAAUAUUAAGAUGACCUGGACUGGAAAAUCUUCAUCUGGAAUAAAAUACAAAGGGCAAGUGGAAGUUACCAAUUUGUCAGAUGAAAAUGAACUUGAUGAACUAGAUAUUCAUGUGUCACUUGGCAAAGAUGAGCCUGAAACCAACCUUUUUGAGCUGAUGAAGAAAGAAGGUACAGAAAGAAUCAGACAAGCUUUAGGAACAUAUGUACAAAUGCUAAAAACAGAGUUUACACAAGGUAUGAUAUUACCAACAAUGAAUGAAAACAACCAGAAUGCAGCAAAAAAUGAACAUAACGACAUACAUAAGCAACCUAUUUCAAAGCCAUAUAGCCUUCAGGAAAGGACAGGAGUAAAAAUUCCUACAUGUCAAUUUAUCUUGAAGGAGGAUUUUCUUACUUCAUCAGAGGAGCUAUACAGAGUGUUUGUAACAGAGGAGAUGGUGCAGGCCUUUACACAUUCAUCUGCAUCUGUGAAUCCUGAGAAAGGAGGCAAAUUCAAGCUCUUGGAAGGGAAUGUUACUGGUGAAUUUUUAGAAAUGGUUCCUGAAGAGAAGAUUGCAAUGAAAUGGAGGUACAAGACAUGGCCUUCUGAACAUUAUGCAAAUAUUACACUGCUUUUUAAACCAGCAGCUGGAGAGACUCAUUUAGAAGUACAUUGUAAUGGGGUUCCAAUUCAUGAAGAAGAGAGAACAAAGGAAGGCUGGCAGCGUUACUAUUUUGAGGGUAUUAAACAGACAUUUGGUUAUGGAGCACGAUUAUAUUGAAGAUACAAUGUCACAGACUUGAACUGUAAAGAAAAGAUACCAUUAUGUUGUUGGUCUGUGUGUGCUUUCGUUUAGUACAUUCAAGCAGAAGAUUCAGUGGUUGAAAUGCACUUUACCACUGUUGUUGGUUCAGAUUCCCACUGUAGUAAACACUGGUCUUGCUCUUCCGAUUCUUAUGUUACAGCAAUCCAUUAUUAAAUGUUAUUUUUACUUA